AUGACCAACGGUCAUUUUCCAUAUCCUGGUGAUGACCACCAUCGCAGGGAGAAGGCCUUUCAUAUGGUAAAAAGGACGCAUUGUUUUUCGCAGCAAUCAGAGAUGUAUUACGAAACUGGAAGUUUCAAAGCUGGAGUAAUUGGAGGUAGCAAACCAAAAGUGGCUACUGCGCCUGUUGUAGAUUCCAUUGCGAACUACAAACGAGAGAAUCCUACUAUGUUUGCUUGGGAAAUCCGAGACAGACUGUUGGCAGAAGGUGUUUGUACUCAAGACAACGUACCCAGCGUUUCGUCAAUCAAUCGGAUCGUUCGAAACAAGGCGGCUGAGAAAGCGAAACAUGUGCACAACCARCAACAGAACCUGCACCACCAUCAGAACAGCAACAGCAACGGUAGCACCGGUGUAUCGCCGAGCCAACAACAUCAUCAGCAACAGCAGCAGCAGCAGCAGCAGCAACAGCAACAGCAGCAACAAGGUUCCGGUCCCGUGUCGGUGAUCGCCCACGCGCCGGCCCCGCAACAGUCGGCCGGAGGUGGCGGUCACCUUCACGACCGGUACAGCAUAAACGGCAUACUCGGCAUACCGCAACACGACCCCAACGGUAACGUGACCACAGCCAAACGGAAACGCGAUCUAGACCAUCACCACCAUCAUCAGCAACACCAGAAUCACCAUCACACGGACGAAAACCGAGACCUGAACGGCCACGCGGACCACCAGCAGCAAAUCAAGAGGGAACGAUCUCAAGUGCACUACAACGGCGACGCGUCGCUCUAUUCGAAUGUAUCUCUUUGGCCCGGCAAAUGGUGUUUGAAAGACGAACACAAAUUGUUCUCGGAACUGAACGCGGCGGGCGUCACGUCCGGUGGCGGCACGUCGCCGUUCUACGACGCCAAUCAGACGGCGUUCUCGGCGACACCGCUGUCGGCUGACCUGUACGAGAGCAUGCAGGCCCAACCGCCGCAGCAACAGGCCCAGAAUGCGACGCCUGUCUACACGCCGCCCGUGCCCACCUCGCUCGGUGAGUGAUGAUAAUAAUAAUUA